AUGGAGGAGGACUCCCAAGUCAUGGAAGCCCUACUGGCACCACCACUCCUCUUGGAGCGGCGGGUUCACCAGCGAAAGUCAACAGUUUCAGUCCUUAAAUCCAAUCUGAACCAGAGCAUGACGUGCUCUGGGCGAAGAGUCCGAUCCACCCUGACAGGGUUCUUUCCUGUGGUGCGCUGGCUUCCAAAGUACAAACUAAAAGAGUACAUUUGGGGUGACAUUAUGUCUGGGCUGAUUAUAGGUAUCAUCUUGGUACCACAAGCCAUUGCAUACUGCCUAUUAGCAGGUGUGCAGCCCAUCUAUGGCUUGCUGACCUCAUUCUACGCUAACAUCAUCUACUUCCUCAUGGGGACAUCCAGACAUGUGUCUGUGGGGAUCUUCAGCCUUAUGAGUCUCAUGAUCGGACAGGUGGUGGUUAGGGAAGUGUUCCUGGCUGGUUUUGACCUCAAUGAAGACUCCACACCAUCUGGACCUGUUGUUUUAAACGAUACGCGGGACACUAACCUGACGGAUGACACUGUGCUCACUGUGGAGCUGAUGGGUGUGCAGUGUGGGAAGGAGUGUUAUGCCAUCAGCGUCGCUACUGCUGUCACAUUUAUUGCUGGUGUCUAUCAGAUUUUGAUGGCUGUGUUCCGGCUCGGAUUUGUCUCGGUGUACCUUUCGGGGCCCAUGCUUGACGGUUUUGCCACGGGAGCCUCUAUCACCAUCCUGACAGUGCAAGCUAAAUACCUCUUGGGUCUAAAGAUUCCUCGUUACCAGGGCUACGGCACAGUGGUCGUUACCUGGAUCAACAUCUUCGCCAACAUUCACAAGACCAACCUGUGCGACCUCAUCACUAGUGCUAUCUGUAUCACCAUAUUGGUGGCGGGGAAAGAGAUCCAAGACCGAUACAAGGACAGACUAAAGAUCCCGCUACCAACAGAGCUGAUUGUAGUAGCGGGAGCUACACUGGCCAGCCACUUUGGAGAGUUUAAUACCAACUACCACUCCAGUGUUUCCGGUCACAUUCCCACAGGGUUCAUUCCUCCUCAAGUGCCUGCCUUCAGUUUGAUGCCCCGAGUGGCUCUGGAUGCUAUUCCUUUGGCAGUCAUUAGUUUUGCCUUCACUGUCUCGCUGUCUGAGAUGUUUGCAAAGAAAAAUGGCUACACGGUCCGUCCAAACCAGGAGAUGCUGGCCAUCGGCUGCUGUAAUGUUGUUCCCUCCUUUUUUCACUGUUUCACCACCAGUGCUGCACUGGCAAAAACCAUGGUGAAGGAUUCAACAGGCUGCCAAACACAGUUAUCAAGUCUGAUCAGUGCCCUGGUAGUCCUCCUCGUCCUCCUCUUCUUCGCUCCGUUCUUCUCUGCUCUCCAGAAAUGUGUCCUUGCUUGCAUCAUCAUCGUUAGCCUUCGGGGGGCACUGAGGAAGUUCAAGGAUGUUCCAGAGAAGUGGCGUGCCAGCCGGAAUGACGCCGUUGUUUGGCUCGUCGCCAUGUCAGCCACAGCUCUGAUCAGCGUGGAGAUUGGUUUGAUCAUCGGCGUUGUCUUUUCCAUGAUCUGCAUCAUCUAUAAAACCCAGAAUCCAAAGGUUUCUCUCCUUGGCCGGGUCAGUGACACUGAUCUUUACGAGGACCUGGAAGAGUACAAGAACCUCACGGCUCCUCCUCGCAUCAAGAUCUUCCGCUUUCAGGCUCCUCUGUACUACGCCAACAAGGACUCCUUCCUCAGAUUGCUCUACAAGGCUGUUGGUGUUGAACCUUUCCUGGAGCUGACGAAGAGGAGAAAGGCAGAGAAGAAAAGCAAAGACGUGUCGAAAAAGCAAGCCAAGACAAAUGGGGAGAAAAUCAACUGUGAUAUUUUCAUAGGACUGGUCCAAAGAGAGCUGGACUUCCACACAGUAGUGUUGGACUGUUCUGCUAUUCCUUUUAUAGACUCAACAGGCGUGGCCACUUUUAAAGGGUUAGUUAAGGACUACAAAGAGAUUGGUGUGAGCGUGCUCCUCGCUGGCUGUAACACACCGGUCAUUGAUGUUUUGCUAAAGGGACAAUUCUUUGGGAAGAAUAACAAAGACAUACGUGACUUUCUAUUUUAUUCAGUUCAUGCUGCAGUUCUACAUGCAAACCGAGCAUCCGCAGCAGCAGAAAGCAGAUCGGAAGAUUCUACUAUGUAG